AUGGCCAAGAUGCAAAACUUCACUUGGACUGUGGAACAUAUUUUCAAGGAAACCUUCCUUAAUUACAUGAACAACUGGAGGAGAAACAUGACAGAAGCAGCAAAUAAACUGCAGGCUGAGGUGGCUGCUGAAAACUUUGACUACGUUAUCCUUUAUCUGAUGGUGAUGAUUGGGAUGUUCUCCUUCAUCAUUGUGGCCAUCCUGGUGAGCACUGUGAAAUCCAAGAGGAGGGAGCACUCCAAUGAUCCCUAUCACCAGUACAUCGUGGAGGACUGGGGAGAGAAGUACAAAAACCAGGUUCUGAAUCCAGAAGAUCUCAAGUGUGUGAUCCACGAAAACCUGGGGGCAAGGGAUAAAACAAGCCCAGAAUCACCUUGA